AUUGCAGUCGUAGGCUCACUCAAUGUUGACUUCGUAACUCGCACUCCUCGCCUACCAGCUCCAGGCGAGACGCUUACCGCAAGUAGUUUUGAAACAGGUUUCGGAGGCAAAGGUGCGAACCAAGCGGUCGCUUGCUCUCGACUUGCAGAUAAGAAUGUCAAGGUGUCUAUGGUUGGGAACGUCGGUGAUGACAGCUUUGGGGCGGACUACUUCGCCGCCUUGAAGGAAGAAGGCAUUGACGCGAGCAAGAUCCGCAUGCUUGAAGGGGAGAAGACUGGUAUCGCCAACAUUAUUGUCGAGGAAGAUACUGGCGAGAACCGUAUCUUGCUGGCUACCAAUGCGAACUAUGCUUUCUCGCACGAUCCUAGUGCGGAGUGGGAUCUUGUUCCUAGUGAAGCGGACAUUGUUAUCAUGCAGCUUGAGAUUCCCCUUAACGUGGUUCUACACAACAUCAAGAAGGCCAGCGCAAGUGGUAAACAUGUACUUCUCAACCCAGCACCGGCGGUCCCGUUACCCAACCACAUCUUCUCAGACAUCGAUACACUGGUUCUAAACGAAACUGAGUCUGUCAUCGUCGCCGGAAAGGAAGCUGCCGGAAAGUCUCCAGAACAGCUAGCUCGCUCGUUCCUUGCAAAAGGCGUCAAGGACGCCGUCAUCAUCACACUCGGCGGAGACGGCUUAGCGUUUGCCACUGCUUCCGGCACCGAGGCUAGACUGCCGGCACGUAAAGUGAAGGUUGUCGAUACCACCGCGGCGGGUGAUACUUUUGUCGGCGGCUAUGCUGUGCAGCUAGGGAAGCAGAUUGGAGCGCAGUUCGACCACAGACAAGCGCUGCGAUUCGCAACUCUUGCUGCCUCGAGGACGGUUGAGAAGAAAGGCGCCAUGAGUGCCAUCCCCACGCUUGAAGAGCUGGAC